UUUAAGCUGGUUGAUAUGGAUGCUCCUACAAAAGACGAGAUUGAGCAGGUUUUCAAGAAAUUGAAGUAUGUUCCUGGAAACAAGGUUUGUUUUGACUGCAACAAAGUAAAUCCCACCUGGUCAUCCGUGACAUUUGGUGUACUGAUCUGUCUAGACUGUUCGAGCAAGCACAGAAACCUUGGUGUUCAUCUGUCCUUUGUGAGGAGCACUGAUCUGGACAAAUGGACUUGGGUUCAGCUACGUGCUAUGCAGAUUGGGGGAAAUGCAAACGCUAAAGCUUUCUUCGCUGCAAAUGGACUCAGUUCAACAACCGACUCAGUCCAGAAAUACAACAGCCGAGCAGCUCGAUUAUACAGAAAGAAAAUAGAAAAUCAAUCCCAAGAAACACAGCAACGAUUUGGAAACCAGUUACAUUUGGACACAGCGCCAAAGAGUCCUGUGCCAGUCGAAGUUGAUUUCUUUGAGGAUUUGUUGACACCUAAGGCUAUCCCAGAAGUCAUAGACCCUGCACCAAUCGUGGAACCCACUAAACCGGACUCACUGCCUCAGUCAACAUUCCAGCCUACUUUUCAAUCUUCCUUCAAACCCGCUCCUCUGAAAACGAACCAACAAACGUACGUACCAUCGCUGACUCCAGCUACUGGCCUGUCUUCUGCUAGAAAGGGUGCCCCUAGAAAGAAAGGAGGGCUUGGAGGAAUGGGUGGAGCUAAGAAAACUUCAAGAAAAAUCGGUGAUAUUGAGUCUUCUGUUGAUUCACGAAGAGCUGCAGAAAAUGACAUACGGAAUGAUCAAGAAAACAUAGAUCGACAAACUGCUAUGGAUAUGCUAUCACGUGAUGUUGAACAAAAGGCCUCACUCUCUACCAGUCGAGAAACAGCAUCUGGUCCCAACAAAACAUCCAGUGACAGACUUGGUAUGGGAAUGGGCAGACUUGGAGUUCGAUCUAAUAUUUCCCACAAUGUGUCAACUAACUCCAAGGUAGUCGAGCAGGAAACGCCGAAUGUGUACACCAAGCCAUCUCCCUCGUCGUAUGUUGAUGAUGUUGAGGACUAUUACGACACACUCUCUGACUUUAGUUCAGUGCUCGGCCAGGGUGGGAACAAGGAGACUGAUGACGCCAACAUGGUCCAAGAGAUCCUGGACCCAAAAACUGCUGCAAUGAAACGGCACGAGCAAAGAAAAGCAGCCCUCUCAAACGAAGGACGAGAUUCUGGAGACAAGGCUCAAGAUGGAAAGUACAAGAACGCCAAAGCAAUCUCCUCAGACCAGUACUUUAACAGAGGCCAUGCUGCUGAGCCAGAGCACGACCCACAUGUUGAUAACUUCCGGGGUGCUACCUCAAUCUCAUCUGAUCAGUACUUUGGCAGACCCGCUCCAGCUGCAUCUGGUGCAUUCGGAGGAUACAGUGCAGCCAACAUGAACCUGAACUUUCAAACACCAGACAUGACCAAUGUUAAAGCAAAUCUUAGUGAAGGAGCUACGCGAAUUUCUGGCAAGGUCGCCGCAUAUGGGCUCAAUGUCUAUUCUAAAUUUAGCGCCAUUAAGUCCAAGUAAAAUUGACAGACAUGUACUACGCGGCGCAAGACAAGUUGGAAUCGUAUAGAUGAUCUUCUAGUUAACAUAUUAGUUGGGAUGACUUGAUUACGGUGUAGUCGAUAUUAUACCGGGAAAAACGUACAUCUUGUUGAGUUUAAAUUGUACAUGGUUCAGUAAGUCGCAGCUCGAUCACGAUAUGUAAGAAAUUUGGGUUCUAAAGAUUGACAAUUUUAUUCAGACAUUUUAUCGAGUUCUCAAUAAAUAACUAGAUACAUAAAUACUGAGGUGACCCGAUCAGGUUCUGUGCACAAUAUAGAUCAAUUAAAUCAUAGUUCAUUGAAGUCCGAAGGGAUUCAAAUUAUCAGCUUUUGGUACCGGAAAAUUUCUUUUUGUUCUUUAUUUUAGUUCAAAUGAGUAGCUCGUUUUGCUGACCCAAAUUAAGUUAAUUCAAAUCAAAAUACCGCUUGUACUUUGUAACAAAUUGUUUAAUUAAUUCCAAAUUAAGAUUCCUUAUUAGAUUGACUUGAGAUUAAUAUUAUGAGAAUUGUUGAUCUUCAAAAAAUGAUUUAAAUCAUUGUGGAGUGGUUUGUGGCUGGAUGGGCUUUAGUUAGAUUAUUAGUUGUAUUAAUAGAUCUUACAGUACUGCAAGGGAUCGUUCACAUAUCACAUGGUUAUAAUUGAUAGCUAUGUGUAAACUUGCUGACCGACCGGGUUGGAAUCUAAAAUAUUUAAACUAGAUAAUAUGUGAACGGUCACUCAGUAAGCAAAUUUGAGCCGCGUUUUAAGAGUAUUUAUCAGCCAGUCCAAAUGUAUUGAAAUGUAUAUUGUAGAUUGUAGGUGUGUUGCAAUGGAUAUUUGGCAAUGUUCAAUUAUUGUUAAUGAUUACUGGAGAUAUAACGAUAUAAAUUACGUUCACACAACAUUAA